GCGGGGCGGGCCUCUCCCUCCCGCCCUCCCGGCACCGCCCACCCGGCCUCCCGGCCACCUCUCUCCAUCCCGGUUCCUCCGUCCGUCCCGCCGGCCAUGAGCUCCACACAGUUCAACAAGGGCCCCUCCUACGGGCUUUCGGCCGAGGUCAAGAACCGGCUCCUGUCCAAAUAUGACCCCCAGAAGGAGGUGGAGCUUCGAGGUUGGAUCGAGGGCCUCACCGGCCUGACCAUCGGCCCAGACUUCCAGAAGGGACUGAAGGACGGCGUCAUUCUGUGCACGCUGAUGAACACGCUGCAGCCCGGCUCGGUGCCCAAGAUCCACCGCUCCAACCAGAACUGGCACCAGCUGGAGAACCUGUCCACCUUCAUCAAGGGCAUGGCCGCCUACGGCAUGAACCCCGUGGACCUGUUCGAAGCCAACGACCUGUUUGAGAGCGGGAACCUGACGCAGGUGCAGGUGUCUCUGCUGGCCCUGGCAGGCAAGGCCAAGACCAAGGGGCUGCACACGGGCAUGGACAUCGGGGUCAAGUACUCGGAAAAGCAGCAACGCAACUUUGACGAUGCCACCAUGAAGGCCGGCCAGUGUGUCAUUGGGCUCCAGAUGGGCACCAACAAGUGUGCCAGUCAGUCGGGCAUGACGGCCUACGGCACCCGGCGGCACCUAUAUGAUCCCAAGAACCACAUCCUGCCCCCCAUGGACCACUCCACCAUCAGCCUACAGAUGGGCACCAACAAGUGUGCCAGCCAGGUGGGCAUGACGGCCCCGGGGACCCGGCGGCACAUCUACGACACCAAGCUGGGCACAGACAAGUGCGACAACUCGUCCAUGUCCCUGCAGAUGGGCUUUGCACAGGGCGCCACCCAGAGCGGCCAGGUGUUCGGGCUGGGCCGCCAGAUCUACGACCCCAAAUACUGCCCACAGGGCCCCGCAGGUGGGGGGGCGGCAGGGGGCGGCGGGGAGGCCCAGGAUGGACCCCCCUACUGCCAGGAGGAGGCCGGAUACUGAGCUCCCAACUCUCCUACCUGGGGGGCCUUGGGGGCACAUUUCCCAGCAGGCUCUGGGCCCAGGCGUGUUUUGUGGGAGCCCUCCCCCACCCCCCCGCCAUGGCUUCCUGUUUCUUCCCCCUUGUUCCGUGUUCUCUGAGGUCCGUUUGCGGUUAGUCUACUGCAGGACCUGCAAAGAGAGAGAUAACUGUUUUCCAGGGCUGGGGGCCCGGCCCAGGGCACACCUCAGGUAUCCUGGAAGGUGCCCGAAGCCCAAGACCUCCACCCCCAGGGGCUCAGUGAGUGGGAGUCCUGAGUGGUCAGGGCAGAGCUCAGCUCAUUGCUGUUGUUCCCCCCAGCACUGCACAGGGACACCCCCUCCUGGAGGCCCCCCACCUCCGGAGACCUUUAUAAUGUGAAAAGCCAACUGUGGACCAAAGACAAUAAAAUCCACCUCUUUUUAGGAAAACGA